CCGACGGAAGCAGACCACACCCCAAGCUCAGCGCUUACCUUAGAGUGAUUUUUUUUUCCUGCAUCUUUCAAAAAUGUUUACUCCACCCUCCAACUGUGACCCGGUCUUUACCAUGGCAGCGCAGGGUCCAUAUGUUGCGAUUGAAUUGGAGUCUGAAGACGAUGUAAAUGACACCGGCCCGGCAACGCGUGCCGAAGCGGCACUGAACAGCGAUGGGGCCGGCGAGCCCGAACAGCAGAGCGACGACGACGACCUCAUUUGCGAAUGGGAAGAGCCGCAAACGUUCGGCAUAUUCGACGAACCGGUCGGCAAAAACGUCCCAUUCGACGGGGCUAAUGGACGGACUGCGAGCGAAUAUGCGGCACUAGUGUGCGACGAUGCGCUGUUCGGCAUACUCGUGAAAGCAACCAACCGGCACCGAAAACUGUGGGCAGGUUGUAUGCGGGCUAGAGGGCAAUCAGUUGAACCGUACCGGAAAGUCACCGUGGCCGAGAUGAAACGGUACGUCGGCCUGCUGCUGGUGAUGGGGCAGGUCAGAAAAGAAUGCCGGCGCUACUACUGGUCGACGGACCCGCUGCUCGAGACGCCCGUGUUUGCGAACACCAUGAGCUAUGAGAGAUUUCAACAGAUAAGUCGCUACUUUCACGGGAUGAAGCAGGCCAACCGAACGUACGAUGCGAAACCGGUGCUGGAACAUCUGGUGCCGAAGUUCCAGGCACUGUACGUACCGAAGCAGCAGCUGAUUGUGGCGGAAGUAACGAUUCCGAAGGACGUGCUACAGGGCCAGCAAGCCGAGCCGCCCAACCACAGCGAAGACGCCCAAGGAAGACCGCCGGAAAGCGCAAAGCAGCUAAGGCUGCUGUGCGAAAGUGACACCGGCUAUGUGCUGAACGUGGAGCUUGCCAACCAAGAGCUGGACCAGGUCGCCCUCACGGACGUGUCCAUCGUGCACCCGUACUUCGGCCGCUGGCACCAUGUGUACUGGGGCAACGACGGGAUCACGAUUGCUGCGGCGGACACGCUGUACGCAAACCAAACGCUCGUCUGCGGAACGCUGCGGAACGCUCCGGAAGAAUCGGUGGCCCCCGAGCGGAACAGUCCGGUCCUGGUGAUGGACGAGCAGGGCAAACGCGUUCUCUCGACGAUACACGGUGCGGCUGCGAUGCAGCCUGCUGCGGACCAACCGCAUGGCUCGCCACCGGCCUGUGUGGCGGACCUAAACCGACGCUUGGCAGAUCUGGACCGGUUCGAAGGUUUGCUCGUCGAAGAAUACCUGUCGAAAGCAAGCGUCCGGUGGCACAAACGCACCGUACUGUUGCUGAUCAAUGUGGCGCUGCUCAACGCGUACAUCCUGCUCUCCCAGGCCGACACGGUUAGCCGAGUGGGGUUCAACGCAUUCCGGCUAGCGGUCGCCAGGGAAUGGGUAGAGGCGAGUGAGCCACUCGAAGAGCCCACCCAAUUUCUCCCAUUGAUCCGACGAAGGAAGCGGAAAUUUCUCCCAUUGAUCCAAGGAAGGAAACGGAAGGAAACGGCCCUACACGAGCAACAGACGAGUCACACGUGUCUGGAGUGCGGGUUGGCGCUGUAAGCGUUAGGGAUAUCACAGGGUGUCAAAUACAGGGUAAAAGAAUACAGGGUGUCAAAACAUCAUGCCCGAAACUGACGGGGAACGCAAGCCGAUGGUGGAACCGCGCAACGAACUGCGUAGAGCGCUUGGGGGUUGGAGCAUCUUCAACACUUGUGAAUGUGCAGAUCUAUUAUUAAUAAUUAAGAGAUUAAUUAUCUCUUAUAGUAUUUUUCUUCCUGUUAUCAGUAUGGCAGUGUCCUUCCUGAGAUCCUAUGUGAACUCGCUCGCGUAAUUCGCUGACAUUCAAUUAUUAUUUGGAUUCAUGUGUAAUCACUCGUGUUACUGUUGUAUUUGGAGAUCUUGGCGUUCUGCUGGAACGAGAUCUGCUCAGUAGGAGUGCGUAAUUAGUCGUACUAUGCAUACUGUUGGUCACUCAUACGCAGAAUGUGUACAGAUCUAGGGGACGUUUCUAAGAAGUCUGGUCCGUCGCGGCAUAAACUAAACUAAGGUUAGGGUAUAAACAAGCUAGACGUAAAUAACUGCUGGAACCAACACUCAUUGCUGGUUUACUGUUGGACAGCAUCGAUGCACUAUUAUGACAGUAAUAUAAUGGUCCUUUGAGCUGUUUGCGUCGAUUUAAUGUUAAGACUGGUUUAACCAAACUAAACGCUGCUUCUUUGUCUGUUAUCAUUUACGAAGCCUGCUCGUACCCUUACCUACUCCUUUGAUUCCUCUCCAAUGAGCCAUAAAUGUAUAAUUUCCGCACCUGUGAGUUUUUGUGAAAUUAGUUUAGUUUUGCUAGGUUAGCUUAUUGUUUAGAUUUAAUCAUCAUUGUAUAGCGAGUGUAGGCAAA